AUGUGUUUCAUUAUGAAUGUUUCCUUGCUGCUGCUGCUGCUUGGCUUCCAGCUGCUCCUGAUUUUAAGUGUAGGAGCCAAGAUACAAAAAGCAAUGGUUUCACCGGAAGACCAUGGCACUCGCCUCCGAGGCCUCUGGAAGCUGCACAUGAGGGACAGCCUGCUGAAAGGAAAACCAUCUAAUCCUCAUCCAAUCAGAGAAGGGAUCAAACAGCAGCUGCUCUACUGCCGUGUUGGGAUUGGCUACCAUCUCCAGAUUCUGCCGAGCGGCUCUGUAAGAGGAGUCCACAAACCCACUGAGCAUUGUUGGCUGAACGUGUUUGCCAUGAAACAUGGAGUGGUGGGAAUCAGAGGAGUCAAGAGUGGCUUGUACCUCUGUAUGAGUGGAGAAGGCCUGGCAUACGGAACGGAGCGCUUUUCUGACGACUGCCUGUUGAAGGAGAACCUGGAGGAGAAUCACUACACCACCUACUCCUCUCUGACUCACCCAGGCAUCUAUCUGGCUCUUUCCCACAAGGGAGAGCUCAGGAAGGGCAACAGUGUGGGCCGCCACCAGUCCUGCACCCACUUUCUACCUCGAAGGACAUCGUGA